AUACACACACAAAAAAAGGUCCAUCCCCACCUUCCCUACCAAUCAUCCCAUUCCCCGAAACGAGCAAUCGAUACCGGCCCGUCACGUGAUCCCUUCCCGGCAUGCCACUCCCCUUCCCGGCUGACAACAAAACACUCGCUCCGCCGCAGAACAUGAACCGGAAAACCGACUUUGAAACAUGACAGGUUCAAAUUCAACGGGUUUCUUCCACGCGUCGCACCGGAAAGCCUCCAUUGAAACGCAAGUGAACAGCAUGCACUGGUUGCAACCUGGCCUCUCUCCUCGGAUGGUAGUCGAUGACGUCACCGAUGCCUGCUUUUCUGCCAGGGUUUUUUGUGUCAAAGCUACGCAACGUCUCCUGCUCGGAUUACAUUCAAGAUGAUUUGGGAGUCUGAUUUGGAAGAAUAGUGCACCUGCGAGAUUCCUGUCAACAUGGCGCUUCGAGAGAGCCGUCCCGGGGGAUUUCCAUCGGUAUUGGUGUUAGUAAUAUCAAGGUCAAAGGUCAGGCCUGCGCAUUUUGGGGAGCCAAAGCUAGGCUCUCAGCUGUGAGUAAUGCAUGGACCGCAUUAUGCCCGAUAACUUCUGCGCAUUGUUCAACGUUUCGAGGAUACUUUGCUGCAAGCUACAAAAAUACAAUGUACAGAAUAUUGUUCGAAUGCGUAAGCUAACCACAGCAAGCACGGGGAGUAAAGGAAGCCGAAGUUUCUGAGUAGGUCAUGAGGUGCACGAAAGCCUGCAUUAAAGUGCUGAGUCGAGAGCCGUCAUGGCAAACAAACCAUCGACCGUGAAGAUAAAACAGAGAGAUGAUUGCUCCUUGCGGGUUGCGCACGGAGGAAGUGGUACGUUUCGAAAGAGCACUGACUCACUAAUUCCGGAAGCUGCAUUUUCGAACACGAUGCGCUCAUAGCCGAAGAGGAGUGCACUCGCAAAAAGUAGAACUCUCAAUACCGCCUUCGCAGGGAAAACAUUGAGGGAGUUUCAGAAACGUUCGUCGAUUAGUGCUCACAACAUCUAAAACAAAGGGAAGGGCAGAUUUUCGACGUUUACUGCGAGACACCGAAAGACAUUAUGCUGAAGAGUGACUUUCUCGGGAACAAUAGGUUUCAUCGCUAAAAGCUCAUCUUCUGUGGGACUCACCACCAAUAACGGAAGUUCGCAUUUCGCGAGCAACGCCGAACUCUCGGACGCCACCACGACCUUCUGGCCUUGUCGAUCGCUCCGAGGAAACGUGCCACAGAAUCUCGACGGGUCCGCACAACAUGCUACAAGCGGAUUAAAAUCGCAGCAUGUACCCUCCAGUGCUAAGGGCCCUCGAAAACGCCGCGUUUUUCUCGCGGUUCCAGUGAGGUCGACCUUUCCAAAUGCCCCCCAGUGCAGCCCCGCCGCCGAGCGCAUUUGGCUUGCAAGUUUCUCUGUGUGGUCUCGAGUUCUCGGUGUACUACGCACCGUCAUGUCCGGCGUGUGUUGCGGCUGAAGCGUCGGCAAACGCUGUCGUGUCUCAGGCAUUCUUCGUGAGUUCGAACGGAACAGGUGUGAACUACAGCACCGUGUGCGGCUGGGACUCGUACGGAGUAUACGAUACAUCGGGUUGCUUCUUCGGCGAUCGAGUACGUGCAACCAGUGUCAUCUUCCUUCUUGGAGUGGGAUCCUUCGUCUGCUACAAGCUCUACCGCCAGCUGAGGCAAAGAUUGAAGCGUAAAGACGACGCGUCGACCCUAGCCGGCCGCAAGGCCAAACUCCGUGGCUGGAUCGCGGCAGACGGAAAGUUAUCGGCUGGAACACUUCGAGAGUUAUGCUGCAUCAAAGAAUGUUUCUUCGGGCCGAGUUUUGAGAGCGACAACGAAUCCGAACUUAGCGAAUCGUCUCGGGUCGACAGCCAGAGCGCUUCCUCUGGAGAUGCGGAUUCAAGUUCGAGCUGUGGUAGCCUGAGUGACCUCGAAGACAGCUGGAAUAUGGGUGCCAACCACAGUAACCCAUACGAACCCGUGCACUUCAACAGCCACUCUGGCGAUGUCCGUUUCCGUGGGGUGUCUGGAGCCGUACAGUCGUCUGCACCGCUGGAUAUCCAGAUCAGAGGCAGCGCAGGAGCACUGGCUGCUCGUCACAGAAGGAACCAAUCGCAACAUCAUCGCUUACUAGCUGAAAAGCGACCCAAAGGACUAGUCGACGAAAAACUCUCCAGACGAGCUGGAGGCGCAACCAUUUUCGACGACAUCGCGGCAGCGCUGUCCGCUGCGCACAACAACAACAAAGUUCCUCCGACCGACGGUGGCCUGCAGUCGAGCGGCACCCAUGCAACGACCGAGAAAGAAGGGCUGUUCGAUUCGCUGUCGUUCGAAGCAGACGCGGCGCCGUGGGAAAGGGAUACGGACUCGCUGCAGGCGAACUUCAGCGUUGGGUCUCUUACGGAACGCAGCCGAAGGACAGAAGAACUUCUUGCUCAACGAUGCAACUCUGUGGCUGCGGAGGUGGAGGAAGAGGACAACUUUUCCGGACUGCUUUCAGACUCUGCCCUGCUCCGCUUUCAGAGUGUGAACUCCUCUCGCCAGAUGUCCGUUGACAGCGAGGCGUCCGACAUGAGUGUGUUCGAGGCGGCGCACGUCGAAAUGUCCUGCGAAGCUGUGGUCGCCAUGGACCAGCUCGAGACGCUGUUGCUCGACACGAAACAAGAGCUGCUGGAUUUAGACGCGGAGUUGGUGAGUCUCAAAGUUUUCAGGAAACGCCUGAGUGAGCGCGAUUACAGGUUGGUGCCGUCGAUCGACGACGAGUCGAAUAACGAGAGCGUUGCCAAAGAGGACAGUUUGCUCAAUGUGGUGAAUCAACAUAAGACGUUGAUUCGGUCUCGCGGACUACUGGACGAGGCGCCGGGCGCGGUCGCGCAGGAGAGACAAGACAGUGGCAGUGAUUUUGGAAACUCUCUGGAGUCUGACAACGACAGGGUAACCAAAGAUGGCGUCAGCCUGGAGUGGGACUCAACCUGUCUUCCUAGUCGAAGGGGAUCGGAUUCUGCGGAUGGGAUUUCCGAGAUAGGGUCGGACGUGAGCGAGUCCAGAUACAGGAGGCCCGACGAACUGUUUCAAUGGACCGGACAUGCACAAAGUCCCGGGAUGCUCCGCGAGCAGAUAAAGAAAGUGAUACGGUCAGAUCCAGAGAGACGGAGGAACAGGAUCGUGCGAAGCCAAACAGCUCCGGCGGAUCAGCUGUGCGCAGUGUCUGAAAUGGCGGAUGGAGAUGUUGCAUCGCGUCAUUUGGCAUACGACAGUGGUUCAACGAGAGACGCCCCCGAUUGUCUGCUCUGGCCAGAGCCGUCUCCGACGAUCGACAGUAGUGUCUCGGACUUUGCGUUGUUGGAGGCGAGUAGUCCAAGCGAAGCUCUUCCAGAUCCCAAUGGGAACAAUCUCAGUAAUUUGCAGAACAGGUGUGUGGAGAUGAAAGACAGUGGGUAUGACAGUGUGUACGGUGAUGUGGCUGAGACUAUAGGAGACAGGUGUACUGUCACGAACUGUGUGAAAGAAAUGUGCUGGCAAGUUGGACAAAACUACGACGAGAGGUGCGUGGUCUCGGCGCUUCUAGACCUUUCGGCAACCACGGCGCGGCAGAUACGAUGCGACGGGUACUCUGCCAUUCGGGGAGCAGCCUUUGGGAUCUUGGCAUCCGGUGGUUCACUGCUGACUCAUCACGGUGGGGCCGAGCAAGUCUACCAGAUACUCAUCAACGCCUUGUCGAGCGAGAAUGGCUCCUGGUUGAGAAGGUGGCAGUUCCCAGCUCGACUCAAACACAAUGGUUCGUGCCUGGAGGGCUUUUGGGAAUGCCUUUCGUGCCUUCAGACCAUUGAGGACCAAUUGAAAGAUACAAACAGCGCGGACAAAGAAUACGUGCUCGCUGCUCUGCUAAACAAGGACCCUGUCAUAGACGCACAAAUCUCGGACGCCGUGAAACUCGUCAUGCUCAAAUGUGCCCUGGAGCUGUACGAAGACCAGGUGGAUGAGGUGGUCGUACCGAUGUUCGCAACCGUAAUGUUCUCGCGUGAGUCCUCUAGGACACCCGAAGACUUCCUGCUCAACCAUCUCAAUCGGAUUGGCAGCGAGGGAAUCCAAGAAGUGGAGCUGUACCUCCUGGGGUACGCCCUUGAAACCACCGUGACAAUAGUUAGGCCUCAACGAGUUAGAAGUGGCGACCUCGUGUGCCGAUACCCGGAGUGGCAAGUGGGAGUCUGGCCGGAAGUCCUGCUUUCGGAAAUCGACGGGAGGUACUGCGUCUUUGGCAGGUGAUUGGGACCCACGCUUGUGUUGCGGAAAAGAUCUUUGCGCUCGAGCUGUUCCACUGUAAGAACCCGAGGCACACACAGGAGGAGCUGCGAGCAUAGGUGAAGGAAAGUUGUUGCGGUGUCACACGAAAACUCCUCAGGGUGUGUUUUAUAUAUAUGUACCUAAUUUAUUGUACAUUCCAUAUAUCAAUCUUUUGUUUGUUUAUAUUGUAUAGGAUUGCAUUCAUGGUUUUAUGUGUAAAAAGAAACAAAGAAGAAACACGCAUUUGUGUUGUAUCGGUGUAGCAGCUACUCGGUGUAUAUGCGAAUACGGAUGACUAUAUCGUUGUGUAUAGUUUUAUCGUGUGGCCCGCAUCUUCCCAGUAGCACUGUUCUUAGUAUUUAUGCGCAUAGUUCCACUGCCUUACGCGCAGUGAAGUUAUAAACUUAUGUUGUGGCAUUAAGCAGCUAGGAAGCAUGUACAAAUUGGUGGAUUUUACGUUUUUAAUUGCGUAGUCAAGGUAUAGCGUGUAAUAUAGGUAUUCUCCAUUAUUGUAGUUCUGUAUUUAUUAUGCUUAUUGUUUACCAAGCAGUCUUGCCAAAAUUGACAAAGGUGACAAUAAAAGGGUGACUGUAAUAACAUACAACCCCUAGUUUCAGAAUGAAUCUGGGACUGAAAAAAAAAAGCACUGCAAUAACAUUCUAAAAAAAAGGGCUUCAAAAAUGGUGCAGGAGUAAAUGCAUAUCUGAGAAUGUAGUGCUCAGAAGUGGCAAGUUACGUCAGUGAUUAGCCGAUCAACAGUGAGUGUAAGGAAUGGUUGCGAGCACUUGAUGUCGAUUUUGUGACUCUGUAACGAGAGAUGCUUGUAAAUAUGCAGAGGUAAGACGUUAUUGAGCAAUACAGCUAAGAAAGAUACAACUUUAGUACCAUAGAGAGCUACGUCUGGGUUCGAUGAUAUGCCUUAUUCAAGUAGCAUCGUGCCAAUGUAGUCGCAGAGGUUUAAUCUUUGCUUCGAAGUAAGAUACGGUGCGUCCGAGCGAUGCAGCAGGCAUAAUCCAGAUGACAUUUGAACCACUGUAUCUGGUGUGGUCAUCACCUGCUACAACAUUCGGACACCUCGACUCAGAGGGAAUGUCUUAUUGCCCAUCACUACAAGGUUGUCAGCAUUCCUACAAAAGGGGAUUUCACUACUACUGCCACAGAACUACAAAUUGAGGUGUGAAGUGAAACGGUACAACCUUUAUAAGCCUUACACAUCCAACCAUGGCAGGAUUUGCUUAUCCGACAGACAAACAACGUAUGUCAACUUCCAGGUGCAUCAGAUAAGCGGAUGAAUAUUUCAAAAACAUUUAUGAAAUUUUCAGUGUAUACAAUACGAAAGAGCUAUAUUCAUUCCAGUAGCAGUGCCAGUUAUUUUGAGCUGUCUAGCGUGUUCUAGUGAAAUGUAUAUAAUGUAUAUGUGUGUAUCAUUAGUGUUUAUGUAUGCAAGUCGUGUGUCAUGCAAUACCCUUCGAUUGUUCCCGACACAAGUCCUUCACAUCCGAAAAAACUAGAAACAAAUACUAGAAACAAAUAUAUAGCUCGUACCUUUGGAAUCUAGCAUGGAUGAGCAGUUAUACCCAAAUGCACACACUGUAACUCAGGUGAUAGUGUCCGGAACACGCUUGCUUUCUAAAGGCCCACUUUUGCAUAAAUUAGUUUCCCCAUUAUCGCGUAAGCAUUCAAAAGGCCAUUCUGUUGACCCAGUUUGAUAAAAUAGUAAUUAUUAGCUGACUGAUUCCUUGAAAUACUAAAUAGAUUCCUGAAAUACAUAGGUGCUACACGGAUUCCCACAUUUUUUCUCAAUGUUGGAAAGCUGCAGUACAAGGCUGCACCUUUUGCAAUGGUUUCUUCCCAUAAGAAGUACAUGCUCUAUGUUUGAGUCAACACAAAGAAAGGAAAAAGUAAUUCACAUUCUACUAACAAUAUAACAAGUAUUUAAAUCGAAUGUUUCACUCAGAAUUACUGCAUUAGAACUAGUUAUAACCAUUACAAAUCAUUCAAUCAUUCAGUGCCAGUACUAGGUCUUUAGCAAUGCAGCUUUCCCAAAGAUAUUUUUCUUCCCCGAAAAAUAUAUUUUUGUGUCAACACAAAUGCAGAGCAAAAACUCCCCGAUGUGUGCCUGCCUUAUGUAUAUGUGUACUGCACCAUGCAAUGUUUUUUCCUGUAUUAAGUGCCUUUAGAUACAAAGCAUCAUAAAGAUGGGGAAAAAAAAUUCAA